GUUGCGGCGUCCCACAAUCCUACUUGGAACGCGCGCGGCGCGGAAGCCGUCCAAGCAGCGUGCUGGCUCAAAGCUUCCGCGCGCGCAACUCUCCGUGUUCAUACCGCUUCGACGUGCUACCGUACCACAGCUAUAUACAGCCCCUGGUCCCCAAACGCUCAAGUGUUCUCGUCUCGAACGGCGCGGCUUUCCUGGUUUCUCGAUUACCCGAUGUGAAACGUCCCAGCUGAUGACAGUGGCGGCUACUGCAGCUGCUUUCUCCCUUUUGCUGCUAGACUAGGACGAUCGAGCUGAAUAACCCACCACUCCUGCCACCCCAUCGUCGUCACUUUCUCGUCUGUAUCUUGCUGGACAGGGCAAGUUCGCGAGGAACGGGACAGCGAUGACCCACUGCAACAGACGUGGCUUUCUGAGCGGUUCCGGAUUUGAAACGGCAGCACGUGAUAGCUGAUGCGGCCACCCCCUGGAAGCUACGCAGAUCGAUUUUACGUAGUUUUCAGCAGCCCGGCAACAGUGAUUACGCCACGUUUAGCACGGCUUUUGCAAGACAGUUGGCGAUCAAGGCCUGUGCUACACACUUUGCAUAAAGACCGGCUCUUUGAUCGGCGGUUGUGACCAGUGACCUCCGGGCUUCUCGCGGCCUUCCUGAUCGCUGCUAAUCGAGCGGCCGUCUACCAGUCAUCGGAGGAAAGCGUGACAAGGCGGCUUGUUUCGCUACGCCAGUUGCCGUUUUCAAGUUGAACGCGUUUCGCCGGCGUCGUGGUUCGUCGCCCGUGUGUUGCUUCACGGAGCAUUAAGCUGCUUGCCGCCUUCUCGUUUUGCCCGGUCCUCGCUGUCAAUUGUCGCGCGAGCGUCUUUUCAAGGGCGGCUCCGCUCAACCGGUUCUCCCGGUUCGUGCGGCUGGAGAGACAAUGCCCGGAUAUGAGGACAGCACCGACACGUGGAUCGCGUUCCGGUGAUGCGCUCGCGCAGAAGCCAGAGCGUGCCUUUCCGGCCAUGACCUGACGUCGUCGGGCAAUCGUUACACAGGGGCAGCAAGGUGCUGGGAAAGAGACGCUCGAUGCUAUGCGGGUGAUCAUGCUCCGGCAGAAGAACUUCAAGUACUUCUACUUCGCGGCCGCCAUCUUUUCGCUCAGUCUUCUCCUCCUGUCCCUGCUGAAGACCGGUGUGAGCAACGAGGACAACGCGAUCGCGCCCGCGUCGCUGCCGUACGGCGACGCGGACGCCUUGUCGGCGUCUUACAGGAUCCUCGUCUGGGACGUCGGCAAGCGCAUGGCGAGACGGUUCCUGCGCUCCUUCGGCGACACCGAGAAGGACCCGUUCGCGUUGUGCAGCGUGCGCAACUGCGUCCUGGAAACGUCCAACGACAGGAUCGCCGACGCGGACGCCGUCAUGUUUCACCUGCACCUCACCAAGGGGCCCCACACGCUGCCAAACUCCCGCAGGAGGCCCGGCCAGUUCUGGAUCUUCUUCACCGACGAGUCCCCGCUGCAUACGUUCCUACUUACCAGGCGCUACAACAUGAGCCACUACAACGGCCUGUUCAACCUGAGCAUGACUUACCGCGGCGACUCCGAUGUGCCGGUGCCUUACGGCCGGACGGUCCAGCUGUCCGAGGCUCCCGGCGAGCCGGACGUCGCGGUGUCGCGAGACUACGCGGCCUCGAAGAACAAGCUGGUAGCCAUCUUGGGUAGCAACUGCGGCGGGGCCAACUUGCGCUGGCCGUACGUCAAGGAGCUAGCCAAGCACGUCAAGGUGGACGUCUACGGCGGCUGCGGCACCAAGGUCUGUCCGGGACACUUCACGCGGGACUGCGACGUCACUAAAGCGUACAAGUUUUACUUGGCGUUCGAGAACAGCAACUGCCGCGAGUACGUAACCGAGAAGCUCUGGUGGAACGCCUACCACAAGGAGGUCGUUCCCGUCGUCAUGGGCGCGUCCAAGCAGGAGUACGCCAGGCUGGCGCCGCCACAUUCCUUCAUCCACGUGGAGGACUUCAGGGAUCCCGAAGACCUUGCCAGAUACCUGCUGUACUUGGACGGCAACGCGAGUGCCUACAACGAGUACUUCGCGUGGAAGAGCAAGUACGCGGUGAGAAACGAGCACGGCUACUUUGGCUCCCCGUCGCUUCAUUUGUGUCGAAUGUGCGAGGCUGUGAAUCGCCUUCAGGGCACGACCAAGGUCUACAACAACCUCGAGAGCUUCUGGAAUCCCAAGACGGACUGCCGGCCCCCCGUGUGGGUGCCUACUUACUAAAGCAUGUGAUAUGUAAUAUGUGCUACGUUAGGUAUUGCAUUGUUUCUUUUUCAGUGGUGAUAUACCCAUGGGCUCACAUUUCGACUUUCGCAUAGCGAAUGUCUAGUCACGAGACAAAGCACUGUUGCGUGAUGAUUGCGUGCGCACGGAAGUUUUCCGCGCAGGAACACUCAGUUGUGCGGCUUAAAUUUCUAAGCUGUGAACGGGAUCGUGUGUAGCCGUUCGUGAUAUGUUUGUUAAAACGCGGUUCCUGUUUGUUGACAAUUCUAGUCACCUUCCCCGUAGACGGUCACCUACAUAAAGAAUUUGUUUCCGCUUAACAUAUGUUCAUAAGAUGUCACAAGUUUUCGUUUAUGGGCGAUUGUGUAUCGUGCGUCUAAGCCGCAUAGCGGCAUUCACCCGCUUAAUUAUAGCACGGAAUAUAGAGUGCUAUACGUUCCAAGCGCGUUCGUGUCUGUGAAAGUGGGUACACAAAAUGCAUUAAAGUGGAUAUUUUUUUA